GAGGGGGAGAGAGAGAGAGAGAGGAGAGCAUCUCCGGUGAGACCCUUAAAGGCUAAAACUAAAAGUCUAAAACCAAUAAAAAUAAGAAUAAAAUAAAAUAAAAUAGAAUUUCCCGAUGACAUUCAAAAACUCAAAAACAAGAAAAUAGGGGAAACAAAAAGGAAAAAACCAAUUUCCCAAAUUCAACUACAAUUUAGAUGAUUAGAUCUCAUCGGUUGAAGGAUUUUAUCUAGGGCAAAUAUGGAAGUGGUGUUUUAAGGAAACAUGAUCCGAAAGCGGAGAAUUUUUUGAAUCUGUGGGGAUUGAGGGAAACUUUUUGUUUGUAGGGUUUUGAUAAUGGACGCGCUCUCUGUAAUCCCCGCCGCCGUUCUUCGAAAUCUAUCUGACAAGCUAUACGAGAAGCGGAAGAAUGCGGCUCUCGAGGUGGAAGGAAUCGUGAAGACGCUUGCGGCCGCCGGAGAUCAUGAUAAGAUUACGGCGGUGAUUAACUUGCUGACCACGGAAUACACCUUCUCCCCGCAGGCCAAUCACCGCAAGGGAGGAUUGAUAGGCUUGGCUGCUGCAACGGUCGGUUUGACUUCGGAAGCCUCACAGCACCUUGAGCAAAUUGUACCACCUGUGCUUAAUUCUUUUGCUGAUCAAGACAGCAGAGUUCGUUAUUAUGCUUGUGAAGCUCUCUAUAACAUUGCAAAGGUUGUAAGAGGAGAUUUUAUUGUAUUUUUUAAUCAAAUUUUUGAUGCCUUAUGUAAGCUUUCAGCAGACUCAGAUGCCAAUGUGCAAAGUGCUGCUCAUCUUUUAGAUCGGCUUGUUAAGGACAUUGUUACUGAAAGUGAUCAAUUCAGCAUUGAAGAAUUUAUACCAUUAUUGAGAGAGCGUAUGAAUGUCCUAAAUCCAUAUGUCCGCCAAUUUUUGGUUGGAUGGAUCACUGUGUUGGACAGUGUUCCAGAUAUUGAUAUGCUGGGUUUUCUUCCUGAUUUUCUUGAUGGUUUGUUUAAUAUGUUAAGUGAUUCUAGCCAUGAAAUACGGCAACAAGCUGAUUCAGCACUUUCAGAGUUUCUCCAAGAGAUCAAGAAUUCCCCAUCUGUAGAUUAUGGUCGCAUGGCUGAAAUUCUGGUACAGAGGGCUGCUUCUCCAGAUGAAUUUACUCGGCUGACAGCAAUUACAUGGAUCUAUGAGUUUGUAAAACUCGGAGGUGACCAGCUUGUUCCUUAUUAUGCUGAUAUUUUAGGCGCAAUUUUGCCUUGCAUAUCUGAUAAAGAAGAGAAAAUAAGAGUGGUUGCUCGUGAAACCAAUGAAGAGCUACGUGCAAUCCAGGUUGUUCCAGCUGAAGGUUUUGAUGUAGGAGCGAUCCUCUCUAUUGCAAGGAGGCAAUUAUCUAGUGAAUGGGAGUCUACCCGGGUUGAAGCAUUGCACUGGAUUUCAACACUUCUAAACAGACAUCGUGCUGAGGUUUUAAACUUUCUGAAUGACAUAUUUGACACCCUUUUGAAAGCUCUUUCAGAUCCUUCUGAUGAGGUAGUGCUUCUGGUACUUGACGUGCAUGCAUGCAUAGCAAAAGAUCCACAACACUUUCGCCAUCUUGUAGUUUUCCUCGUGCAUAAUUUCCGGGUUGAUAAUUCCCUUUUGGAGAAGAGAGGUGCUUUGAUAAUCCGCCGACUUUGUGUACUUUUGGAUGCUGAAAGAGUCUAUCGUGAACUCUCAAUGAUACUAGAGGGAGAAGCUGAUCUGGAUUUUGCAUCAAUCAUGGUUCAGGCUUUGAACUUGAUUUUACUUACAUCCUCUGAGUUGGCUGGGCUACGAUCUCUUCUAAAACAAUCACUAGUGAAUCCCACUGGGAAAGAUUUGUUUGUUUCUUUGUAUGCUUCCUGGUGCCAUUCGCCAAUGGCAAUAAUAAGUCUUUGCUUAUUAGCUCAGACAUACCAACAUGCAAGUUCUGUGAUCCUGUCUCUGGUGGAGGAAGAUAUAAAUGUGAAAUUCUUGGUCCAACUAGAUAAACUGGUUCGCUUGCUGGAGACUCCAAUCUUUGCUUAUCUUAGAUUGCAGCUUCUUGAACCAGGAAGGUAUAUAUGGUUGUUAAAAGUGUUGUAUGGUCUUCUGAUGUUGCUUCCUCAGCAAAGUGCUGCCUUCAAGAUACUACGGACUCGAUUGAAAACAGUGCCUCCAUCUUCCUUUAGCGGUGAGCAAAUGAAGCAAACAUCUUCAGGGAAUCCUUAUUCACAAAUUCUACAUCACAUGCCAAGUGGAUCACAAGUUAUAGAGGAUGGUGAUGUGAACCACGAUGCAAAUGUGCAUAAUGGAAUUAAUUUCGCCUCAAGGCUACAACAAUUUGAACAUAUGCAGCACCAGCACCGUAUGCAUUCAAAAUCAUCACAGGCUCAGUCUCGCAACAAUUCCACUUCAUAUUCAUCAUCAAAGUUUAUGUCUCAAUACUAAGUGAUGAUCUCUAAAAGGGUUUCUAAUGGAAGCACAGAUAAUAAAAGCUUCAUAGAUAAAAAUGUCGCUUCUGAUAUGGUUUAGCCAGGAAGAAAGGAGUUGGUAAUGUGUGGCCACUCCAUAUGGUUAGGAAAGGCACUAAGAUUUCCCAGAGUACUGUUAUAUAUGUUAUGUUAUGUUAUAUUCACGAGCACGUGCUUUAAAGCCUUGCAAUGCUAUUGAUGGUAUCACAUGGUUACUUGUGUGCAGGAGGUGCAAAGACCAGAAGAAGCACGGCGACCUAUGCCCACUUCAGAAAUGAAUAAACCUCCCUCAAGAUCAUCAAGAAGAGGCCCAGGACAGCUUCAGGUUUGAUUAUGUUGCUUCUUCUUGCCAAUGGUUGAGGUUAAUUAUAAAAUCAAUCUCAGCUUUUGCAAACCAUGGCACCUGGUAUAAUUUGUAAAAUUGUAUAUCGUAGUAGUUUGUUCUCUGUUAAAUUUGUGGAGGUCAGGGAUGGUGGGAAUUGGUUUUGAAUCUCAAGAUAAGCUUUGGGUAGUCGUCCUAAGCUAUUCUUUUCUCUUGUGAACGGAAUAUGCUCAUGUGGUUCUGUUUUUUUUGUUAUUGAAGACCAUAUGGGCUUAGAGGGAGAUAUUUAAUUUAGAAAAUGCAGUCUUUUUUUCUUUUCUUUUUUUACCCCUUGUUUCCUGUUCAUCUGUUACAACAAUCAUAUAAAAAUAAAGGAAUUGGCAAAUUUUUAUGAUCGCCAUCCUUUGAAAGAUAA